GAGGAGGAGGAGGAUGUCAGCACUCAGCGCCUUGCCUUUCCUGAAGCCCGUUCACCUGAGGUCCCCCCGGAGCUCGCCCGGGGGCCAGCGCCGCCACACGCUGCCCGCCAGCGAGUUUCGCUGCCUCAGCCCCGAGGACGCCAUCAGCGUCUUCGAGAUCGAGCGGGAAGCCUUUAUCUCUGUCUCUGGGGACUGUCCCCUCCACCUGGACGAGAUCCGCCACUUUCUGAACCUGUGCCCGGAGCUCUCCCUCGGCUGGUUUGAGGAAGGGCGGCUUGUGGCGUUCAUCAUCGGCUCCCUGUGGGACCAGGAGAGGCUCACCCAGGAGGCGCUGACCCUGCACAAGCCACGGGGCACGGUGGUGCACAUCCACGUGCUGGCCGUGCACCGCACCUUCCGGCAGCAGGGCAAGGGCUCCAUCCUCAUGUGGAGGUACCUGCAGUACCUGCGCUGCCUGCCCUUCGCCCGCCGUGCCCUCCUCAUGUGCGAAGAUUUCCUGGUGCCCUUCUACCAGAAAUGUGGCUUCGAGGCGCUGGGUCCCUGCCAGGUGACGGUGGGGGACCUGGCCUUCAUCGAGAUGCAGCAUCCCGUGCGGGGACAUGCCUUCAUGCGCAGGAACAGCGGCUGCUGAGCCCCCACUCUGGUCCAGGUGGGGCUGGAGAGAGGCUGCCGGGGGGGGAAAUAAGAAGCUACGACCCCUCUCCAUCCCUGCCAUGGUAAUACAUCCUCCCCGGCUGGCCCUGGCCACAGCUACUCCCCCUCUGCCACAUUUGCCUUCCAGCCACAUCAGCCUGGUCCCAUCCCCGCAGGGCUGGGGACCAAAAUCUCCAGCCUGGCCCCACUGGGAGCACUGACCUCCCCGCCCCGGUCUCUGCUGGGGCUGUGCUGGAGAGCCUGGGCAGGCUGCAGAGACCCCCCCAGGGAUGGAAAGGCUUUGCCCUAGGAGCAGUGAGGGAUGCUCUGCUGAUUUAAGGGCACUCACAGCCACGUUUUGCUGUGACACCCAGAAGAGACCGUACACACGUGUACCCCCAGCCCUGCACCCCCUCCCACCACCGCCACGAGUGACCACACCAUGGCCAAACCCCACCCCCAGCAGCCACCAGACCAGGACGGGGUCACAGCAGCCACCCCACUGCCCACAGACAUCUUUCCAGACCCCUUGGAGCACACACACAGCACAUCCCCAGCCACACAUUGCACAGCCUCCCUGGGGGGGCCAGUCCAAACCAUUCCCCCCCCACCCCGAGACCCACAACCAGCCCCGGACAAGCCUUCUGCAAACGCCUUGGGCUGGUACGAAGCAGCAAAUAAAGAGGUGGUGGUGGUUUUCUACCGUGUGUGUUCCUGCACCUCGCCACAACAGCUGGAGGGAGGGCAACA